AAUAGCAACACGUAGCAAAGCAACGGUUUUUGGAGGCAUUCAUCUGUCCGGUGUCGACCCAAAUUACAAAAUUACUUUGAUUUUUGGGCAAAAUUUUACAUUUAUUAGCAAUUGUUUGGGCCGUGCAACUCCAAAAGUAAUCAAUUCUGUGCAAAAACGGCCACCGCCGUUUAAAAGACUAAGUACAUAAUGGCGCCAACAAGGUUGGCAGCAAAGCCAAUCGGCGUCAAUGAGAACUUGAACGGUAUCCUGACCCAUGGCAUAACGACGAGAAGCAAGCAGUUGGCUUCUCUGAAGACGCACAAGGACAUAUUGAAGGUUCCAAACAAGAGAAAAGCCGACAGUCCUCUGAAAGAUGCGACGGCGAAAAGGGCGGCAUUUGGAGACAUCACCAAUGCAUACAAUAAAUCAUGCGCCAACGAGAAGGUCCUGCCCGUGAAGAAAGUCACAGUGGAGAGCAAAAUGCUCCCUAUAGUAAAGAACAUCAAACCACAGACAACAUUAUUAAAUGGCAAAACUUCAAAGGCUAAACAGUUCCAAAGAGUGGCCUCAAAUGCCCUGGAGUCUGUACAGAAACAUUUUGCCAAGGAUCCUCCGAAACUAGUGGCCACGAGGGCUCAGAAAGGAAUUCUGAAGAAUAUUGAAAGGAAAGACAAAAUUGUUGGCAAAGAGAAUCAGAAUCAGAGCCAGAGUUCCGUCAAAUCGGGCAGGAGUUCUGGGGAGCCUUCACUUUAUGUUACAGCCUUGGAAAAUAUAAGCCCAUCAGAAUUGACAAAAGAAGAGAAGGCGAUUAGCGAAAAACUAGAUAAAGUGAAUUUGGACGACACCAUCAGGUCUCUGGACAGUGAAACAGAGGCUCCACACAAACCACCUUCGGGAGUCGCAGACUUCGACCAGGAGAACUGGAACGACCCAUUCCAGGUGUCCCAUUAUGCCAUGGACAUCUUCAACUAUUUGAAGAGUAGAGAGCGGCUAUUCCCGAUCGACGACUACCUCGUGCGGAUGGAGGGCAUCACGUGCUGGAUGCGUGCGCUGCUGGUGGACUGGAUGGUGGAGGUGCAGGAGAGCUUCGAGCUGAACCACGAGACGCUGUACCUGGCCGUGAAGCUGGUGGACCUGUUCCUCGCGCGCUCGUCCCAGCCGCCGGCGUCGCAGCCGCCGCAGCCGCCGCAGCUGCUCACCAAGGAGGAGCUGCAGUUGCUUGGCGCUGCGGCGCUCUUCAUCGCUUCCAAGUUUGAUGAGCGUAUUCCGCCGCUAGUGGACGACUUCCUAUACAUCUGCGACGGCGCGUACACGCUCAGCCAACUGCUGAAGAUGGAGAUGAAUAUCCUCAAGGUGGUGGACUUCGACCUCGGCAUCCCGCUGUCCUAUCGCUUCCUCAGGAGAUAUGCCAGGUGCGCACGAGUGUCAAUGCCGACGCUGACUCUAGCGCGAUUCGUGCUGGAGCAAUGUUUGUUAGAGUACAACUUGUUGCAACACUCUGACAGCAAGAUGGCCGCCGCCGCGCUCUACCUAGCGCUCAGGAUGAAGUCCCUCUCUACAUGGAGCGACACUCUGCAGUAUUACACAGGCUACUCGGAAAAGGACAUCCUACCAAUAGCGCUCGCCCAGAACGCCGCACUCCACAAGAAGCCCAAGUCAGCCAUCAGCACGGUCCGCAACAAGUAUUCGCACUCCAUCUUCUUCGAAGUGGCCAAGGUGCCUCUGAUCGAGGACUCCGCACUCAGCAGCUGAGACCGGCCAAGUGGCACUUUACACCUCGUCGAUACACUACUAAGGUGGGUCCAAAUUUUCUAAUCUAUCGUAUACAUGUGUAUUUCACACUGUCCGCUCUCGGCUACAGAGAUGGCAAGUGUGUUGCCAUCUCUUUUUUUAACAUUAUAGUGCUAAAGAGAGAUUGAAACACAUUUGUGUAGUGUCAGGUUAGCGAUGUGCAGAAUAUAAAAUGACAGUAGCUAAAUGAUUAGUUUCUAGUUGCUGCAUUUGUGAACUCGACUUAGUAGGGAUUUAUGUGGGUUCGAGACAUUUGUCCCCAAUUUGUGAACAUCAGCUAUUGAUUCAGCUAUGCACCGCAUCGUCUGCAACGUAUUACUAAACAGUUAGCUACUUUCCUCGUGUAAAUUUAACUUAUUCUGUCCAAAAGCUCGUGUUGUAUCGCUAAGUCUUACGAUACUGCUAAAUUUUCAAAGUCAAAGCGAAAUUCGAGAAAAAUUUUAAUAUCGCAAAUUUAAUGUAAGGUGCCACAGUGGCUCUGAGCUAUUUUAAGUUAAUGUUUGACAUUAGACUAAUACGUACGGGCGAACGAUAAGUACUUACAGCGCCCGUAAGUGCUAACGCUAGAUAGUAACAAAUCUAGAUCAAUUAAGUAUUUUAGGUAUUUACAUUGUAAAGCGGCGGUUGCAAAUUGUUGAACUUUUGAAGUAGAUAUAUAAUAUGCGUUUUUUAGCAAAGUUUAUAUACAACUUAUUGUCUAAAAAGAAGACUGAUAAAUUUUGCAAUUGACCGAAGAUUUCUGUCUAAGAUCUCUUCGUCGUAUGAUGCAAUGGCAUUGAUAACCCACCAGACUAAACCAGAAUGGAAAGCGAAUCAGUGAAACGAAGUUUCUAGUUCGUAUCUCCCAGUGUUUGAAAAAUAUAUACCAAAAUCAAAUCAAGUCCACACUGCUUUACAUAAACUAACAGAAUUUUUACCAAAAAGCUAUACCUAAUCUACAUUCCAAUAUUCCCUUCCGCCUCGCUUUUUAUUGUAUUGUCUUCCUAUAGGAAAUUAUAGGGAAAAUCCGUUAACAUACGGAGAGCAAUGUGUGUAGAUUUAGCGCAUUUUUUGUAAGACUGACGAAUGUAAAAAGACACGCCCAUGAUUAAUUUGUUCUCGCUCGUGGGGACCGAGGUGCGGGGGCCGCGGGCCUGUCUCUCGAUACCCUUGUCGCCCUUCCGUCACCCCUGUUAUCCCGCAGGCGAAAAUUCAGGUCUGCCUAUAACUAUAUCCUGAUAAUUUUAGUUAGUUUUUAUGACGUCAGUUAAAUUUUACCGUUAAUGCUAAGUAAAAACACGUGGCGUGUCUUUUUAGAUUGGAUUUUCUAUAGUAUAACCGCUUGUAUUGAAAUUAACUACAGUCCAAUCAGCUAUUUUUGGACUUGAUAAGAAUCAAGGGGCCAUGAAUUAGAAAUAACAAAAAUAAAAUGCGCUUCACGAUUAAUCUUCUCAAAUGAGCCUGUCGUCAUGAAAUCUGUCCUAUCGUCUAUUGUUAUGUACCUACGUGUUGAACAAAGAUUUCGACUGUUGCCGUGUAUGUGUCUUUUUAUAUGCGUAUAGUAUGUAUUCUACCUGGCAAGCUUUGCUAAUACUCUUUUAAUUUUAAUUAUUAUUAAUGGAUUUUGUAAUGUUUUAAUUAAUUUACAUAGUAAUUAUUGUGCGAUUCUCGCGUCAUUGUCAUGUUUUGUAAUUUAUCACAUUUUAAAGAGUACAAAAUAUUGGAAUGUUAUUAAUAAUGUUGUUCAUUAAUGGUAAGUUUUAGAUUAAUUUCACUUUUAAAACUGUUUUUCUUGAUAUCAUUUGUCGUAAUUAUACAAGGUUAAUGUAAAACUGAAAGUGUAAAUAAAAAGUGAUUUUGGUUUGGUAA